AUGAUUUCAACAAUCGGCACAACAACAAUUCAAACUACAGCACCAAACUCGUUAGUCAUGAAUCCAACAUCUAUGUUAGUAGAGAUGAAAAGCUUCAUUCCUUCUUCAUAUACUUUCGAAACAAAAAUCCAGAAGAUAAAGCAAGAACUUUUAACAAGUAAUUUAGACUGUAGUGCGAAAGAUGAAACAAAUGAACAGUAUCUUUAUGAAAUGCAGGACAUUAUUGACCAUUUACCCAAAUUGCCUGAAAUCCAACAACAAAAACUAACUAUUCCUGAAUUCGACGAAAUUGAAGUCAAAACAACUGACUCAGUAGAAAUAAAGAA